AUGAGAGAAGAGUGGUAUGGGCACCACUGCAGUGGCGAGAACCAGAACCAGAGAAAGAGCCAGAAUCAAGGGGACGAGGGCCAGGAGCAUAACCAGACAGCAGUGAGACAUAAGAGAAAGCAACUAACUACCAUGAAAUCGAAAUUCUCAGUAUGCUUCUGCCUUUUGGCUUUGAUCGCGGUUGCUAUGGAUGCUGAUGCGGCAGGAUCUUCUUCAGCAUCGACUCCAUCCACGUCGACUCCGACUUCUUCAACACCAUCGACUUCAACAACUCCCAGUUCGUCGUCGUCGACUCCAUCGUCAUCGUCAUCAACGCCCUCGUCUUCAUCCUCGUCAACUCCUUCGUCUUCGUCUACAAGUACUACGCCUUCAUCUUCGUCCUCAACUUCGCCCACAGCUUCGACUCCAGUUACUACCACAACAACAGAUGCUACUACAACAACAACAACAACUGAAUCCUCAAGCAGCUCCAGCAGUUCCAGCAGCUCUAGCAGCAACCGUAAUAAGAGACGUCGUGAGCGUAGAAGGCGCGAGAGGCGUCGCGAACGUCGUCAAGAGAAACGUCGCGAACGUCGUCAGGAGAAGCGUCGCGAACGUCGCCGACAAAACAAGCGCCGUCAAGGUUAA